UGGAGCGGGAUAUUCGCGACGUAAUAUGCGCUCUGAAAGUUUAGGGUUUAGGGUGUUCCUUCCGUUAGGACUUCAGCGUAAAACCUAACCGGGACCCUUCUCCCGCCGCAGCUCGGUGUCUCUGCAGAGCAAACCACAUGGCGGACCAAUCGAAACCCUUCUUCCCUGUGGAAUCAGCUCAUAAGCCCUCUUCCCGCAAAUUCCACCCUCUCACACCCGAAUCCAAAUUUUGGCGCUCCUACAAGAACCACGAGCUCUCCUCCGACCUCAUCCUCCCUGUCACCUCGCUCGAAUUUUCUCCCAGCCCUCCUUUUGACCUCGUAGCCGCCUCUUCCGCGGCCUUACAUCUCUUCGACGGGGCCUCUCUCUCCCCCAAGGCCCACUCCCCAAUCUCCUCCUUCACAGACGUCGCCUACUCUCCCUCCUUUCGCUGCGACGGCGCUCUCCUCGCUGCGGGCGGCGAGUCCGGCCUUGUCCAGGUCUUCAACCCCCUCAGCUCAGGCCACGCACUCCGCCGUCUACGCGCCCAUUCCCGCCCUGUUCAUGUCGUCCGCUUCCCUCGUGCUGCCGAUAAGCUCCACCUCUUCUCCGCUGGAGACGAUGCCCUCCUCACCUACUGGGACGUUUCCACCGAAUCACCCCUUCUCUCCUUUCCUGCCGCCCACCGCGACUACAUCCGCGCGUGCUCUCCCUCCCCGAUCUCCGCCGAAGUCAUCGCCACGGGUUCUUACGAUCAUUCCGUUAAGGUCUGGGACGCCCGUAUGUCUCCAGAUUCCAAUCAAGUUUCCACUUUUACGCAUGGGAGCCCGGUAGAGAGCGUGCUAUUCCUUCCCUCCGGUGGCCUCAUUGCUACUGCUGGCGGGAAUUCACUGAAGAUUUGGGAUGUGAUUGGUGGAGGGAGACUUAUUCAUACGAUGGAGUCCCACAAUAAGACAAUCACUUCACUAUGCCUGGGAAAAGUUGGCAACGAAGGCGCUGGCUUCCGUGGAGAGUCGAGAAUUCUUAGCGUAUCCAUUGAUGGGUAUUUAAAAGUUUUUGAUUUUGCUGCUUUUAAAAUCACUCACACUGUGAGAUAUCCAGCUCAAUUGUUGUCAGUCGGAUUUUCUCCUUCGGGGUUGUCUAGAGUGGUUGGCACAUCAAAUGGAGUUAUUUAUGCAGGAAAGAAGAAGCUGAAAGAGGAGGCAUUGGACAAGUUUACUGGUGAGAUUGAUCAGUCUUUACCGGAGACAGAGAAGAGGGUUCUAAGGCCUACAUAUUAUAGGUAUUUUCAACGUGGGCAGAGUGAGAAGCCUUCAGAGGGUGAUCACGUGGUGAAAAAGCCAAAAAAGGUGAAAUUGGUGGAGCAUGAUAUGCUCUUGAAGAAAUUCAGGCACAGAGAUGCACUUUUAUCAGCUUUAAACACUAGGAGACCAGGCAGCAUUGUGGCUGUAAUGGAAGAACUUGUUGCAAGGAAGAAGCUUUUAAAGUGUAUUGCAAAUCUUGACGUGAAUGGGCUUGGCAUGCUAUUUCAAUUUUUUCAUAGAAAUGCUACAAAGCCGAGAUAUGCAAGGUUUUUGAUGGGUCUGGCGAAGAGGGUGCUUGAGAUGCGAACUAAAGAUUUUCAAUCUUCUGAGGAGUUAUGCCGCCAUGUGCAGAAUCUCAAGUGUAUGGUUGAAGAGGAGUUGAGGAUACAACAUUCACUGCAGGAAAUACAAGGAAUGCUCUCUCCUUUGCUUGUGAUUGCUGGAAGAUGAGGCUUUUGUUGUAGCUAGUCGAUGCCAACCGCAUCACUUAUUUAGCUUUUGCAAGGUACCCUACUUUAUAGUUUAGGCAUUUUAUCAAUGGAUGUGUAGUUUUUUGUAAUGUUUUCUUUUGUCAUGGUGAUAGAUAGUUAAAUCCGAUUAGAAGAUUGAAUGAAUACAAAAGAAAAUUGUACCAAUGAGCAAAUCUUAAAAUUGUUGAUGUUCAAUGGUUGAGACAUCAAAUUGUUGAAUCCUCAGUGCAAUGAAAUUAGAAGCCAAAGUAAAAGCU